CACGGUCACACUGCCCGAUAACAAAAACAUCGAGACAACACCGAUGCUCGAUAUUGAAAUCAAAUCUGGCAGCACUGCGUUGUGCUUCGGCAAAAAAGAAAGUUGUGAUUUGCGAGGAAUUUCGAGCAACAUCUCACUGUUCCGUCGUUGAAGUCCAGAAGUUAGCGUAUAACGAAGACACCGAGUGCUUAGCAGGAUGGCUCAGGAAGGUCAGGAUAUACCCACAUUCAAGUGCGUGCUCGUCGGCGAUGGCGGUACCGGCAAGACCACCUUCGUCAAGCGCCACAUGACCGGCGAGUUCGAGAAGAAGUACGUGGCCACACUGGGCGUGGAGGUGCAUCCGCUGAUCUUCCACACCAAUCGCGGCGCCAUCCGUUUCAAUGUGUGGGAUACCGCUGGCCAGGAGAAGUUCGGCGGUCUUCGCGAUGGCUACUACAUUCAGGGCCAGUGUGCCGUCAUCAUGUUCGAUGUUACCUCGCGUGUCACCUACAAGAACGUGCCCAACUGGCAUCGCGAUCUGGUCCGCGUCUGCGAGAACAUCCCAAUCGUCCUCUGUGGCAACAAAGUCGACAUCAAGGACCGCAAGGUGAAAGCGAAGAGCAUCGUCUUCCACCGAAAGAAGAACUUGCAGUAUUACGACAUUUCUGCCAAAUCGAACUACAACUUCGAGAAACCAUUCCUGUGGCUGGCACGCAAGCUGGUCGGUGAUCCCAACCUGGAGUUCGUCGCCAUGCCAGCCCUGCUGCCACCCGAGGUUAAGAUGGACAAGGAUUGGCAGGCGCAGAUCGAGCGGGACUUGCAGGAGGCCCAGGCGACCGCCCUGCCCGACGAGGACGAGGAUCUAUAAGCCUAUUUAUAGUUAACUGAGAGAGAUGGCCGGCUUGCACGAACACACACCACACAAACACACAACACUGAAUCACACGAACCCACACACACACACACACAGCAAGUCAAGAGAGUAAGGGCAACAGGAACAGGAACAGGAUGCUGGAGCAGAGCAAUGCAGUCACCUCAACAGCUACGGAAUAGGAGCAUCCGCAAUAGUAUACCAUCGGUACACCAUUGGAAUGCCAGCAGCUUAAAUUCGAUCGACCUUUGAACAUCAACAAGCCCUGCCAGCAGAGCCCUUCUGCCGUCGAUUGUAAUUAAUUUUUAGAUCCCCACUCAUUGAUAAGUCGGUUAUAAUUGAUUUUUUUUUUUGUUUGUUUCCUUAUGCGUUGGCUUUUGGCAAAAAAGAAAAUAAUUGAAUUGUCAUUCAAAUGGUAGAGAAGCGAACAACAUACCCGAAAAUCCAGAGAUAAUAAAAAGUCGCAACACGUAUUUUUUUAAAA